UUACUUUUUUGUGUGAAUUGCUUACUUCCGGUAUAAACAAUGGACAAGUUUGUUGUUAGAAAAAAGAGAGAUGUAAUAGAAAUAUCCUCUGGAAAAACAGAUAAAGGGUUAAAACAAGCGACAAUUGAUUCUUUAAAGGGAGUUGUGGUUGUUGAAGAUAUUAAAAGAGCUAAGGCUAUUUUGAAAGAGCCAAAUACAACAGUUGAACAGAUGAUAGAGUGCUUGUCUGGACUAGAGAAGAAGAUACCCUCAAGGAAAGUCUUAUUGGAAACAAAAAUAGGAAAUGUUAUUAAUAAAUUGAGGAAGCAUGAAAAUGAUGAGAUCCGCAAACAUGCCAGACAAGUGUAUGUGAAAUGGAAGACUCACUUUGUUGAACACCGAGAUAGGCCUCAGAUAGAGGUGCAGUGUGAUCUUAAAACGGAGAAAACCAGGAAAGCUGGACGGAAAUUCAUCUCAGAAGCAUUAGAGUUGCAGUCUGAAAAGGGAUUGCCAGAAAUCAUUGAAAGAGAAGUAUUUCAUGUCAACAACAGGUUUUUAAGCAGUCGCUACAAGAGGACUAUGAGAAACAUUUGGUUUAAAUUGAAAAAUGAUCAAACUGUGAAGGCACAAGUGUUGGAUUCGUCAUUAUCUGUCCAAGAACUCGUACAACAAUGCUCUCCUACAGGGGGGCUUUCUUGACCCCUUGGCAAUUGUAGAUUUUUUUUUUUUUGUAAUUUUUUGUAAUUUUCGAAGUUGACAGAGAUUGUACAAAACAAAAAACUUUUCUUCUCAGUGAAUACUAGUAUCUUGAUCUCUUUAUAUAUAAUUUUUUAUAGCAUUUUAAAGAUAUGCAAAAAAAGUGUAUUUUACAAACAUACUAAAACUUUUACAUCAUUGUUUUAUUUUUUAAGCCUUUGCUAAAUUUUAUGAUUUGGGUCUUAAUUUGUUGUCAAAUUAGACAUUGUAUUUCAAUGAUUUUUACUUUUGUCUUUUUUAAAAAGUGUACUAGAGUAUUCAGUUUUAGUUGCUGUCAAUUUCUAUU